AUGAAAUUCUUUGUUUUAAUGCAAAUGGAUUAUACAUCAGAUGGUUCUGUUGUGAUAUCAAAUCUUGUUCAAGAUAUUGUUUUACGUGUAUUAAAUAAACAUAAUGGUAAUGUACCAAAUUGUAUAAGUGAUUCAAAACAAUUAUUAGAAAAUAAUUCAUUUUUCAUGAAUCAUCAAUUAUUAUUAAAUAAUCUUUCAUUAAUAAUAAAUAAUACUCAUUGUUUUAGUGACUUAUCUUUAUCAUAUUCAAAUUUUUUAUCAUCAAAUACAAAAUUUUCUUCAAUUAUUUCUAAUUAUCAUACUGAAUCAAUUGAUUGUAUUUGA